UCCCCGCAGAAGUGAUUGCGGGGCGCGCGGGACAGCAAUGCGGGCGUGUUGUUUGAAACUGUGCAGACUCCUGGUCGUGGUCGUGACUUUGCCGCUGAGUCUGCUGGGCAUGGCGGGUUUCGGUGCGCUGUACCACCGCCGCCUGUUCCCGCUCCUCGCCGACACCAUCACCGUCUCCUACAACGACAAAGUGCACAAACUGAAGCGGGAACUCUUCCGGAACGCGGCCACGUUCGCAGAUUCCUCCGGAACUCUCCGCUUGCUGGAGAUCGGCUGUGGGAGCGGGGCGAACUUCCGCUUCUACCCCGACGGGUGCACGGUGACCUGCACUGACCCCAACCCGGGCUUCGAGCGCUACCUGCGCCGGAACAUGGACGCCAACAAGCACGUGACCUUCGAGCGCUUCUUGGUGCUGUCCGGGGAGGAGCUGCGGGGCGUCCGGGACGAGUCCGUGGAUGUGGUCGUCUGCACGCUGGUUCUGUGCUCCGUCAGGAACGCGCGGGAAGUCCUGCGGGAGGCCCGGCGCGUGCUCAGAAAGGGAGGAGCUUUUUACUUUCUGGAACACGUGGUUUCAGACUCGGCCUCGUGGAUCUACGUCUGUCAGUUCAUCUUUGAGCCUCUGUGGUGCUUCCUAGGAGAUGGAUGCAAGGUUACCAAGGCAACGUGGAAGGACCUGGAGAGCGCUGGAUUUUCUCAACUUCACAUCAGACACGUCGAUGUUUUAGAGGUGUCUCCAAUGAUAAGACCACACAUCCUGGGAUACUCUAUUAAAUAGAGCUGCACAAACGAUUAUUUCAAUAGUCGACUAAUCACCGAUCAUCUUUUACGGUUAGUCGACUUACCGGGUCAAGAACAAAGUGGAUAGAAAACAAACAUCUUAACCAUCGUUAGCUUUAAACUAACUAAAAACUAGAUAUGUCACAUUACCUGCAAUAAUGCUAGUGUGAAUGCUGUAAGUUGAAUUUGGCUGCUGAAGAUGCUAGUGCUGAUAGCUGAAGAUUCUGAAAUUGAAAGCUGAAAAAGAUGAAGCUAAUAGCCAGUUAAACAUUGAUCAAAUGCGAAAUUAGCCUAAAAAAACUGAUAAAAGCUAAGUUUGAAAAAUCAGCUAGCAUCCAGCAGAAAUAUUAUCUAAACUCUAAAAUAUUCUAAAAAAAAAAAAACAGAAAAAAAAUCAUAAACUAGCCAAAAUAGUUAGUAUGUAGCUAAAAUAUUAGCUGAACUCCAAUUUAAUACAAAAACUGAUGAAUUCCCAAGUUAGCCAGAAUAACUAGCAUGUAGUUGACAUAUUAGCAUAACUCAAAACUAGCCUAACUAACUGAAACAUUCCUAAAUUAGCCAAAGCAACUAGCAGGUAGCUGAAAUAUUGGCUAAACUCCAAAUUAUCCUAAAAAACUAAAAAUUCCUGAAUUAGCCAAAACAGCUAGCAUGUAGCUGAUAUAUUAGCAUAACUCAAAACUAGCCUAACUGAAAAAUUCCUAAGUUAAAAUAGCUAGCAUGUAUCUCAAAUAUUAGCUAAACUCCAAAUUGGCCUAAAAACCUUGGUUUCAACUUUACUGCACUCUGACUCCAUAAUAUAUUAUAAAUUAACGACAUAUCAACUAUCAAAUUAGUUGUCGACUAUUUUAAAAGUCGAUUAGUCUACUAUUAAACAAGGAUUUCAAUGAAAUAUGUUUUAAAGACGGUUUUCUGCACUUUUAAAUAUGCUAAUAAAGUUCCAGCUGAACAGCUACACGUCCAACAGACUUCAUCCAGUCUACUGAGUGAAAAUAUAUUUAUUUACUCACAGAAUCAGAAACGUUUCAUACACUUUUGUUCUUCUUCUCUACUCGUCCCAAGAUGAACAGAAUAAAUAUUACCUGGACUCUGUGCUUUAUCCCUGAUUGUCUAAGUAACUGCCCAGUAAAACCCAACAAACCACCCUUUCUGUCAUGGUUUCUUUCCCCUUAUGAUCCAUUGCACAGUUAAGGAAUGGCAGCUGUAACAUCCGAAUGGGAGACGGGGGGCGGGGCAUAACAAAAGAGAAAUGAUGUCAGUGGAAAUUAUACAGUCAAAAUUCUGCAGAUGCUACAGCGACAUGGAAACAAUAUGGACAAAAAUAAACAAAAACAGGAAAAGGGAUACAAAUGAAAAGUUAAAGCUCACAAUUUCAAACCUCCCAAUAUACAAUGUACACAACUAAAAAUCCGACAUAGCUUUAGCAUUCGUCUUUAUAAAACAGCAGUUGAAAAAAUGGCCAAUUGGUUUAUUCGCACAUUAAAAUCUCACUGCUUUAAGUCACUUUGAUAUCAAAAGGAGUCGAUAAAAAACAUGAUCCGAGUGAAGCCAAGUGUUCCCAGAAACCCUGUCGUGUCCACGGGCCGACCUGUGCCACGUUCACACUCACAAGCGCUCGUCCUGGACACCACUAUCCGGUUUUAACGCAGUAAAGAUCCUUUAAGGUUUUCAGUUCUUCGAUCAAAGUCUUGUUUUGGUUCUCCAGCACGGCCACGCGGUUCUCCAGGCAUUUCACGUAUUCCUUUUUCUUCCGCCGACACUCUCGAGCCGCCUCUCUGCAAAAAGAAAAACUGGUUUACGAAAGUGACACAUUUUAAAAUGCAAAGAAGAGUCAAUACGAGUAUUUUAUUAACACUGCUGCAUGACGGCAAAACACUAACGUUAGGUGAAAUAUUUCAAAUCUUUCAGUGAUAAAAACUUAAAUAAGUUCACCAAAGACUCAACCUCACUACUAAAAUCCAUGAGAAUCAUCAACUCUUCUCCAAAUCUUAGAAUCGUUAUUCUCAUGCCAAUAAAACACAAAGUAAAUUAAGAUCCUUUAACAGUGAAUGUUGAGUCAGGAUUCACACUAGAGUCUUCAGCUCUUUCACCUGUUCAGUUCAUUCAGAUAUCAACUUAUUCAGCUCUUUUAGGAGAUUACUGCUUUAAAUUUCAACUUCAGAACUCUUCAACUUUUUAAACUAUUCAACCAAUUACUGCUUUUUUAACUCCAUUGAAAUGUUUUACAGAAUCUUCAAAAGCCUCUUUUUCAGCUAAAAACUUUCAGCUCUACAAAACAGCAGAAGUCCAGUAGACUUUCAGCUACAGAAACCAUUCAACUUUUAAACUAUUCGGCAGACUUUGGGCUCUUGAACUUGUAUUUUUAUUUUUAAAACUCCUACACGGUUUUGAAAAUAUUCCAGUUCAAAGACGAAUAAAACACUUCAAGUGGA